AUGAGGACUGUUGAUUUGCAUGUGCUGUACACACAGAGUGAGAAGCCAAAAGAGGAACCAGCUCCAGCUGUACCUUUGAGAGUUUCACCACGUCACAGCAUCCUCAGAAACAACAAGACUGUGGAGACAGUGCUACUAACGACAAAACUGCUUUCUGAAGACAACUGUGCAGUCGAUGGAGAAGAGACUACCACAAUGGAAAGUACAACUAAAAAAGCAUUUUCAAGUUCAUCAAGGUCCGUUCCUUACAAGGGUUUAAACAACACCAAGACAGAUACCAGCCACAGGUGUUCCAAAGCUCUUGUGCUGUUGGCACUCACAGCAGGCAGCCUGGCUUUGUUGGCAACCAUUGUUUCAAUGUGGAGUGAGAUCACAAGCUGUGAAACAUGUUCAACUGAAGUGGGACUCGCUGAUCUUCUUGAGGAAGAUGAGGUCCUGUUUGACAGUGAAACAAACCUGGAAGACGAUAAUGUUUGCAAUGAAUCCAGCAGUUUUAUUCUCACUGAAAGCAUUCCUGUGGAUGUGCAGUAUGGAGAGAAUGCCACUGUUCAUAAGCCUCUGUAUGAGGCCUGGACUGAGCUUCUUAGUGUGGCCAGCAAGAGCGUCCACGUGGCCUCUUUUUACUGGUCUCUUACUGGAGAGGAUAUCGACGUGAACACCUCUUCUGACGUCCAUGGUGAACACAUCCUGCAGCAGUUUGUGGACAUGCAUUCAAGGAAUGUGUCUGUGUUUGUGGCUUCCAGUAUUCCCUCACUAUCAAGUAACUCAACAGACCUCAAGGUUCUGCAGAACAAAGGUGCUCAUGUUAGAAAAGUGAAUUUUGGCCAUUUGACACAGGGUGUUCUUCACACAAAGUUGUGGAUUGUUGACAUGAAACACAUAUAUAUCGGAAGUGCUAAUAUGGACUGGAGAUCUCUGACUCAGGUCAAAGAGCUGGGUGCUGUGAUUUAUAACUGCUCCUGUCUGGCGAAGGACUUGUACAAGAUAUUUCAGUCUUACUGGGACCUCGGGUACCGCAACGCCACUGUCCCUCAGCCCUGGCCAGAGCAGUACUCCACCUCCUUCAACAAAGACAACCCUCUCCUGCUGAACAUCAACGGAGCCCCUGCCAGGGUCUAUAUCUCUGGUUCACCUCCUAUUUUCUGCCCCAGUGGUAGAACUAAAGACCUGGACGCUAUCGUCUCUGCAAUCAAUGAGGCUGACAAGUUCAUCAAUGUGGCGGUGAUGGAAUAUUUCCCCACCACCCGUUUCAGAAGGCCGCACAAGUACUGGCCAGCCCUUGAUAAUGCAUUGAGGAGGUCGGCUUUCGAGCGUCACGUUCAGAUCCGCCUCUUGAUCAGCUGCUGGCAGCACAGUGACCCUGCCAUGUUUCCUUAUCUGAAGUCACUCAGUGCUGUUAGUUAUCCACCAUUGAACAUCAGCGUUGAAGUUAAACUCUACAUUGUUCCUGUUGGGAACCAUACAGACAUUCCUUUUGCUAGAGUGAACCACAACAAGUACAUGGUUACUGAUAAACUUGCAUACAUUGGCACUUCCAACUGGUCAGAGGACUACUUCAACACCACAGCUGGGGUGGGGCUGGUUAUCAGCCAGACACAGCAGAGUUUGAACGGCACCAGACAGACAGUCCAGGAGCAGCUCAAGGGGGUGUUUGAUAGAGACUGGAAUUCAAAGUAUGCCAUAAACUUGGAUGAGUUGGAGCACCACCCCCACUGUGCAUUCUCUGAGAAAGCUCGGCCUACCCGUGGUGUGUGACAGGAAAGAGAAAUCCAGGACAAGAGAUGUCUUUUAUGUUUUGUUUUGGGAGUUGGGUGGCCAGAUUUCCAUCUGUUAGUGCAAAUGUCUUAUUUCAGUAUUGAUGUGUGAUUUAUAUUUUCAAAAUGGAAUUCUAACAGGGUUAGUAUCUGGUCAAAAGGGAAAUGAGUUUGAACAUUAGUCCACCACAUAAAACCACCACACACUUCAGCACAGCUGGCAGUUUAAGAGUAAGAACAAAUAACUGGGCUGAAAAUUGCAAAUCCUUCUAAUACAUUAAAUGUGUCUCUUUAAUUAUAAGAGAUGUCAUCUUGUGCAGUUUGGGGAAGAGGACAAUUAAGCAAUCUCAGUUAUCAUUUCUGUAAUAUUUAGAGACACCCUACACAGGACCUGCCUUAUUAUAAUGACAAAAACAAAGAUUGUAAUCUUAAACUAGUAUUAAACAAGUCCAGGUGAUAUGAGUUCUGUCAUGUCAUCUAGACACAAGGUAACAUGUAAGCCUACUGGAAUUGCGAGUAGUUCAUUUCUCAUACGAGAUUUAUAAUCAGAUAUAGUAUGUUCUUAAUCAAAUAUCUAAUCCAAAUAGUAUGCUGUGUUUUUCAAUGGUUUUUAUAAUAGUUUAAUAUAACAAUACUAAUGUAACAAUACUAAUUUAACCACUAAUAUGUGCUAAGAUGAAUCAUGAAGGUCAUGCUUGUAAAUAAUUAUAAAUAAUGUGCUUUAUCAAUAAAUGUUAUUCAC